GUUUCACGUUCUAAGUUCACACUAAACUAUAUCUCUAUGUUUACUAAGGCAGUCUCAUCCCUUAUUACAUAGUAUUUACAUCCUGUUUGGAGGAUUUCAGUAUGGUGAUUGGCGACGAAGACCCUAAGGCUAAGUUUGAAAGCGAACAGUUGCUUAGAACGUAGUGGAUUUUGGGCUAUCUCUGUUUUUUACAAGAUUAUAGCCGUCAUCUGUCAAUCAAUCAAUGACUGCUGGUGCAGUCAUUGAUUGAUUGACAUAGAGUAACUUAUUAUGGGGGUAACUGCACGUUUCAUACAAUCGAGUGAUCAGUGAAUCGCUUUUUUCUUAGUGUUUGCUAGCCUGCAUCCUCUUUGAUAAAUUGAUUAUUGAUAUUAGCAUUUUGCAUUCUGUGGUUGCCGGUCGCCGGAUAGUGGUUUUGAUUCGAUAUUGAUUUUAUCAUUUAUUUCGUUUUUGCCUCAGAAUAAUAAUUAUUAUUUUAUGAUAUUAUAUGAAACAGGAACCUACCUAUUAAUUCCUCUCAAUCCUAUUUAUUGAUUAACUAAUUGCGGAAGAAAUUAAGAUGAAAGUGUCAGUUCCAAAAUAUUCAAUAUGUUUAGCAUUUCAAAUGCUUUUUAUGUGCUGUGAUUUAUUAUUUAACUGUUGGAGUUUGUUUCCCAAGACUCGUGGUGGAUUACUUCUUCUGUUUUUCUUUCAGGAUUUGUGCCUCAUUCUUGCAAUAACAUCUAUAAGUAUUUCAUUUUUUUCAACAUAUUUAUUCCAAGCAGGACUGAUUGAGGUAUUGGUGCGCAAAUUUAAAGUUGCUGCUGGAGUGACAUUGGCUUACUUUCUAGUUUCAAUUGCCUUACAGUCAGCUUGGAUUGUUGAAAAAUGGGAUGAAUCUGAAUCCAUUACAAGACCCCUUGUCAUGACAUUGUUUAUUGUGCAUAGAUGCAUGGCACCAGGCUAUUAUUACUUUUACAAACGCACAUCCCUGCUUAUGAGUGACCCUCGCUUUCAUGAAGAUGUUGACUGGAUCAAUCAGAACACAGCCCCAAAAUAAAUACUGCGUAAAUAUAUCCCUGUGGAAUGAGCUUAGCCCUAUAUGAACCUAUAAUUAAUCAGCUCCUAUAUUCUGUCUACACAUUUACAAGAUUUAAAUAUAAAAAAUAUUAAGAUAUGUUUGUCGAGGCCAUUUUACUCAAAAACACAUGAAGUAAUCAAGUUGAAAUUGACAUGUAAUUACAAAAACAUAAAGGAUUAAAGCAAAAGUUGUUAAAGCAAAAGGAUUAAAGCCAUUUAAGGCUGUGACAACAUAUAACAAAAGACUGCAACGGAAAGCUAUGGAACCAAAGAGAAAUUUAAUACUAGUCAACUUAAAUAGGCAAGAUAUGUUCGAAAGGAUGAGAAAACAAACAUGAUAUGUCACCGCAAUAUGCCAUGAUAUGGCAACGUUCUGUGACGAGCUUGAGUGUAGUAAUUAUCAACGACACAACAUCUCAAUGUGCCACUAUGUCAAUAUAAUGUAACUUGAAGUGUUUAACCCUAAGGUAGCUUAAUAAUAUAACAAUUACUAAUUAGUUUUAAAACUUAUAAAAUAAAUGCAUUUUAAAAUGCAACAACACGUCUUAAGAA